GUUUCUUUCUGCUGUUGUGAGGAUUUUCAGUCCAAGGUUCUGCAACCAUGGAGGCGCAAAGCAACAAGCCUCACCGGAAGGGGAAGGAGAAGAAGAAGCACACCGGAGAUAACCCAAAGGCUUUUGCCGUACACAGACCCGGGAAACUUCAAGCACAAGCUGCACGAUCGUCCGAUAUAAAAGAAAAGCGUCUCCAUGUUCCUCUCGUCGACAGAUUCCCCGAUGAACCGCCACCUCGGCUCGUGGCCAUCGUUGGCCCGCCCGGCGUGGGCAAGACGACGCUCCUCAAGAGUAUGAUCCGUCGAUACUCAAAGGAGACGAUAUCGAAUCCUCAGGGGCCUGUAACCGUUGUUACUUCCAAGAAGCAGCGCUUGACCUUCCUCGAAUGUCCCAACGAGCUCGAGGCUAUGGUCGACGUCGCCAAAGUAGCUGAUAUCAUCUUGCUGAUGAUCGAUGGUAACUUUGGCUUCGAAAUGGAGACAAUGGAGUUCCUGAACAUCCUGGCUGCGACAGGUAUGCCGGGUAAUGUCUUUGGUAUUCUCACGCAUCUUGACCUGUUCAAAAAACCACAUACUCUAAGGGAUGCAAAGAAGAGGUUAAAGCAUAGGUUAUGGAGCGAGCUCUACCAAGGCGCACACUUGUUCUACCUUUCGGGAGUCAUCAAUGGGCGCUAUCCCGAUCGUGAGAUACACAACCUGUCCCGAUUUCUUUCCAUCAUGAAGAACCCGAGGCCAUUGAUUUGGAGGAACUCGCACCCCUACACGAUCAUCGACAGUUGGCGCGACAUCACACACCCGACCAAGAUCGAGGAGAACGAAAAGUGUGACCGGUCAAUAGUACUCUCUGGCUAUUUGCGUGGCACGAAUUUCGCAUCACAGGGGCAAAGAGUACAUAUACCUGGCCUGGGCGAUUAUACUCUUGCAGAUGUGGAGGUUCUGCCCGAUCCGUGUCCAACACCGGCCAUGGAGCAGGCGCUUGCCAAAAUCACUGGCAAGACCGGCAGGCGGCGCCUCGAUGACAAGGACAAGAAGCUGUACGCUCCAAUGUCGGACCGAAGUGGCCUGCAGGUGGAUGGAGACGCCAUUUACAUUUACCGUGAUAAGGGGUUCACAUUCGAUAAGGACGCCAAGGACGUCGAGCGAGGCGAGGGUGAGGAACUCAUCAUCAACCUCCAGUCCGAGAGGCGUCUCCUUGGUCAGACCGAGGACGGAGUUCAACUGUUCGCCGGCGGCGAGGAACUCAAAUCGGCUGGCGAUGACGAUACUGGCCGCAAGACCCAAAGGCAGGGCAGAGUCGCUGACCAGGCCGAGGAUGACGCUGAGGACGAUAUACAAUACGACGACGACGAUUCUGACCCAGAGGCGGACGCUUCCGACGUCGAGGCCGAAUUCAAUGAGAAAAAGCUUGGCAAGAUGUUUCGAAAGGACGCCGAAAAGGACGGAGAUGACGAAGUUGCUUUCGCGGAUAGUGAUUCGGAUUUGGGCUCGAUAUCAGGUGAGGAGGGCACAGACGAGGAAGACCUGAGUGAUGAGGAAGAUGUCGACUCUGGCGACGAGGAGGCUGCCCUCAGGUGGAAGGAAAACAUGGAGGAGCGCGCCAAGCAGCGCCAUGGCAAGAAGGCCCCGUUCCAGGCGGCAAAUUUGGCACGAAUGCUGUACAAUGACUCGCUAAGCAUACCCGAAAUUCUCAGGAGGUGGCGAGGUGACGAGGAAGAGGAGGAGGAGGAGGAAAACAUUGAAGAGGAUUCUGGAGACGAGACUUUCUUCAAAAAAUCCAAGAAUGAGAAGGAGGACCAGGCGGACGAUCGGUCCAUACCAAUAUUUGACGACGACAAAUUGGCAUCGUACUGGUCGAACGAGCAGAGCAUUGAAGCUUUGAGGCAAAAGUUCACUACCGCUACGCUUUUGGACGACGAGGAAGAUGAAGAUGGGGACGGAGAAGAUGACUUCGACGGUUUCGGCUCCGGAGAUGAAGAAGGCGAGGGUGGUGAUGACGACGAUGACGAGGGUGACGGCGCUUUCGAAGAUCUUGAGACAGGCGAGAAGCAUGGCCCCGAGAUGGAUCUGGAAGCGGAGCGGGAGAAGAAUGCUCGCCGGAAAGAGGAGCUCAAACUGCGAUUUGAAGAAGAGGAUCGCGAAGGCUUCAAUAACGAAAAGGCCAACGCUCGUCGGGAGGGCGGAGGUGAGGACGAGUUCGGCGAGGACGACUGGUACGACGCCCAAAAGGCCAUGAUACAGAAACAGCUGGACAUCAACAAGGCCGAGUUUGAGAAUCUGGACGAGAGACAACGAGCGCUGGUGGAGGGCCACAAGGCAGGCAAAUACGCCAAACUGGUCAUUGAGGGUGUGCCAGCCGAGUUCGUCAAGCAAUUCAACGCCAAGAUGCCGAUUAUCGUGGGAGGUCUGUCCGCCACCGAAGACAGAUUCGGAUUCGUUCAGGUGCGGAUAAAACGACACAGAUGGCACAAGAAGAUCUUGAAGACUGGCGACCCGCUCAUCUUCUCACUGGGCUGGAGAAGAUUCCAGUCGAUGCCUAUUUACAGCAUCUCCGACUCCCGAGUACGGAACAGGAUGCUCAAGUACACGCCGGAGCAUAUGCACUGCUUCGCCACCUUCUACGGGCCACUGAUCGCGCCGAACACAGGCUUCGUCAGCUUCAACAACUUCGCCAGCUCCAACCCUGGCUUUAGGAUAGCGGCAACGGGCACCGUGCUGAGCGUGGACGAGUCCACGGAGAUCGUCAAGAAGCUCAAGCUGACGGGUACUCCCUACAAGAUCUUCAAGAACACGGCCUUCAUCAAGGACAUGUUCAACAGCUCGCUCGAGAUUGCCAAGUUCGAGGGCGCCUCCAUCAAGACAGUCUCUGGCAUCCGGGGUCAAAUCAAGCGCGCCCUGUCCAAGCCAGAAGGCCACUUCCGUGCGACCUUUGAGGACAAGAUCCUGCUCAGCGACAUUGUGUUCCUGCGGGCGUGGUACCCCAUCAAGCCGCACCGCUUCUACAACCCGGUGACCAACCUGGUCGGGUGGCAGCGGGCGCGGCUGACGGGCGAGAUCCGCGCCGAGGAGGCCCUCCCGACGCCGCAGAACAAGGACAGCCAGUACCGCAAGAUCGAGCGCGCCGAAAGGCACUUCAACCCGCUGCGCGUGCCGAGGAAGCUCGCGGCCGAGCUGCCCUACAAGAGCCAGAUCGUGCAGACCAAGGCGCAGAAGAAGCCGACGUACAUGCAGAAGCGGGCGGUCGUGCUCGGCGGCGAGGAGAAGAAGGCGCGCGACCUCAUGCAGAAGCUGACGACGAUCCGCAAGGACGUCGCGGAGAAGAGGAAGGCCAAGAAGGACGAGAACAGGGCCGGGUUCAAGAAGAAGAUGGCCGAGAUGGCGGAGAAGAAGGCCGCGAGGGAGAAGAGAGAGACCAAGGAGUUCUGGGGCAAGGAGGGCAAGAAGAGGAGGUCUGGGGAGGAGGGCGGUGGUGGCGGCAAGAGGAGGAAGUAGAGAGAUACCUCCAAGAGUCUAAUCCGAACUACGACAUUUUUACA